AUGGGUGCCGCCGCGAGUGCUGCUUUCUCGGCGACAUGCCAGACGGCGGGCAAGGCGACCAUGGCCGCCGCGAUCGAUGUUGCGACCACCGUUUCAGCGACGUGCCGCUCUGCCGGCAAGGCCGCCUCGGACUUCUUCGACAACGCUAACAAGGCCGCGGCUGACGCCACGAGCGCUCUGCCGGCGGCUUGCGAGAGCGCCGGGAAGGCGGCCAUGGCCGCCGCCGCGGAGUUGUUGGAAAAGGCUAGGAAGGCCUCCAAGGCUAUCAAGAAGGCCUCGGCCGCCAUCUUCUCCACCAGCGUCAGGAAGGCUCUUGCCCGCGGCUUCCGGUUCUUGGAGAGGAUGCUGGGCAUCGAGAUCCCGUUCUGGGCCAGGGUGGCCAUUGCCGUCGGUGCGGUGGCGGUAGCCGUUGGGCUGUUCAUUGCCGCCCUCUUCACGGCGGCGGGCGCUGCCGGCGCCGGUGCCAUGAUGAUCGCUCCGGGCGGCGGCGGCCUGAUGAUGCUUCGCUGGGCGUUCGUCGCAAACCCCGGCCUGUAUUUCUGGCUGCUCCAUGCGGUUGGUCCGGCGGCCGCCGUGGCUGUCGCGACGUUGAGCGCCGUGUUGCCCAUGGUUCUUGCAUUUUGUUUGUUCUUAGCUGUAUUUUGCAUUUCGGUUUAG